CAUCUAGAUGGAAUUUUUUUUAGAAAGAACUGCAGUUUGACAAAACUAUUUAUUUAUUUAGUUUAAAAAAAGGAUAAUUAUGUUGUUUCUAUGUUAAAUGUGUGUUGUCCCUGUGCAAGUAACCCAUGUCCACGUCUAUGUCCAGCUUUACGUUAGCGCAGCUACGAAAUAUCUGUUAAGAAAUUUCAUAAACAAAACGGCGUGGAGGUCGGGGUGAUCCUGGUAUGCGGUAAGCCGAUGAGCAUGUACCAGUGGCCGCGCAGCUUCCAGGAUACCCGAAAUCAUGUGGCCCAGCUGCAGCUUCCAUAUUACGCUGCUCGCCCUGGGCGCGUUGGCGUCCACGACUAGCAGUCAACAAGUUCCUCUAGCCAUAGCCAACACAACUAGCAACAAAGUGCCUACGGAUGCCGGGGGAGACGUGGUCGCCGGCUUCAUGCCGCUGCAGCAGUCGCCAGCCAGCAUAUUCUUCGUGAACUACAAUCAGCAGAAUGCCAUGCAGUUGCGACACAGCAUGGAGGGCAAGCUUCGGAACAUACGCAAUGUGGAAAUGCGUGUGGCCAAGAUCCAGGAAAUCUUUGACUCUAUGCAUAUGACCAGCGCCAAUGGAGGAGGUGGGGCACCAGUUCGCCAGACCGUAAACAACAACGAGAGCGGACUGGCCAAUUCCCAAUUGCAGCGGGAUUUACAGCUGUUCAGCAGUCGCCUUGGCAAGAAGCUGCAAAAGGCCACACAUGUUGUGCUGGAACUACGCGAACUCCUGCGUUACAACCUGACCAAGGUCUGGCAAUACAGCUACGACGAUGAGGAUGAGGAGGAGAGCGAACUGGAUCUGGAGAUGGAGAUGGAGGACCUACAUGCCAGAAACACUGCCUCACCAUCCACGGAUCAUAUGCAGCUCUAUUUGAACAGCCAAAUCGAGAGCUGUCAGCCUGACGACUAUGACACCGAGGUGGAUGCUAUCUCAGGGUCCUCGUCCUCGGCCCAGUCAAUUCAUUACAACAAGCAGCAGAUCCAAAUCCUCAACUAUCUCAAGUCGGACGAUGGGCGCGCCACGUUCCUAAACGAGAACAAUGCCCGUUCCCUAGCGGUCAACGGCUACAUAUCGGAUCAGCUGAUCCAACUUAAGCGCAGGCUCAGUCGAAGCGAGGCGGAUAAAUCGAAUAGCAAGCCCAGCAGCGGCAACCACUUCAAGCAUAUCUACUUCCUGUCCAAUUCGGACGGGGCCUCUGCCAGCCUCCAUUUUCGGCAGCUCUACGUUUCAGCCAUUAAGCAAAAGUACGUUCUGCUCCUGAUCGACGUGGGAUCGGCACUAAAUUCUGAAUUGUUUGACCUAACAAAGAGCUUUGUUCACGAGAUGCUUCAGCUGCUGGAGGAUACGGAUAAGGUCUCCCUGGUGACCGUUUCCAGCGAGGCGAGCUUUAUGUCCCUGGAAGCAUUUCCCGCUGAGGCUGGCCACGGUAUCUACAGUGCCACGCGUGGCCACAAGGAGGAGAUCAUCAGCUACAUAAAUAACUUGAGCCGGGCUCAGGCCCUUACAAAUCACUCAUUGGGUUUUGAGUACGCCUUCGACUUGCUGCAUCGACUGCAGCAAUCGGGAAUGAUAAACACAGCCGACCAACCAGUGGAGUUUGUCUACGUUACGCGCGGUCUAUUGACCAACUUAUCCGAUGCCAUGGCCGUGCUGCGAGUGGUGGCUGAGGGUCAGCGACGGCUCAAGGCUCCGGUGAUCAUUAACACCUGUGCCGUGGUACUUGACGAGAAGCGGAUUAUGUACGAGAAGCAGUUUCUGAGCGAUGUGGCCACGCAGAACUACACCAAGUACGAGAUUGAUGUGACCAGUUGGUGGCCCAGGGCAGGACAGCAGGCAACGCAGUUGGCUGGGCGCUUUUUCGUGUUAAGCAAACUGCACGCGGAGACGUCGCUGCCCCAAACAAGUUCGCGGAUAUUUGGUCAGCUCUUUCAAGAGCACUAUCUAACGGAUACAUUGGAGGUUCAUCCCCCGGUUGUGGACGCAGACAGUGGAGAUGUCCUUGUCUCUAUAACGCAUGCCGUUCCUCCGUACGGCGUUGUGGGCGUAAACUUGUACCUGGCGGAUCUGCUAGAGGAUCUGCUUAACUAUCCCAGUGCUGCUGCCUCUAGUGCCAAGCAGGGAGGCAGUGGCUAUGCCUUUCUACUUGAUCGGUCCACGGGAAACACUCUUGCCCAUCCGGCAUUUCCGCGGCCACUGAUCCAGCGCGAGACCUCGUAUCCAGUGAAUAUAGCUUACCUGGAGAACGCCACCGACUUCUCCAGUCUGAUACGGGAGCGCCUCCUACACGAGGAGAACGGCAAUGCCACCGCCGAUGUAUAUGUUGGAAAGCAGCGCCUACAGCGCACCUACCACUGGCAGUCAGUGCUGGGCUUCUACGUGCUGUGCCUGGUGAGCAACGGGGGCGACUCGCUGAGGAAUGCCUCUAACACGGGAUCGCAACGAUAUAACCUAAAGGACACCGUGUCCAACUAUGAGCCUGGAUAUUAUGGAGAGAGCAUGGAUUUGUUGUACCACCGCCUGGACCUCAACCAGGCCGGCAGCGGGCAGCCAAAGAUUUGUCGCUACUUUAGACAAAUGGCAACCUUGGACGCUCCCACUCUUUUCCUUAGUGCCGCUGCCUUCGAGUCUCCAUUUGGAUUCCUGCACAACAAUCGACCGCGCACCCAGCUUCGCCAUGUUGAGUCCAUAAUGGCCUAUCUUCGCGAUUCGAGUGGUCUGCUGGCCAAUCCCGGGCUGCGUCCCAGCAUCCGCCACGAGGUGAGUGUGCUCUAUCAAGCAAUGCAGCAGCUGCGCCGCCGGCACCAGGAUACCAGAGGAUCACUGCGCAGCCACAUCAUUCGCCGGUACAUGGCCAGCGUGAGCGGAGUGCUGCAAUUGUACCCGGGCUGCUUGCUCAGCAGCAGCUACGAUCCCACCCGGCGUCCUUGGUUCCGUCAGGCGCUGGCUCAGCCGGGCAAGAUUGUGAGCACAGCUCCAUACCUGGAUGCGGGUGGAGCGGGAUACAUUAUCACCAUCGCGCACACCAUCUUCGAAGGCAAGGCACAUGCGCUGCACUCUGUUCAGCAGGACAGGCCCAUUGGAGUGGUAGCCUUGGACGUCCCUUAUGCCUUUUAUUACCGACUGAUCCUUGAGGGUACACCGCUCUGCCAGCUGCCCCACAUGAAGUGUCUGAUAUUCGAGCACGAGGGCUAUCUGUUGGCCCAUCCCAGCAUGCUGCAACCGACUACGGCGACGAGAAAUCAACGCCGUCCGCACGAGCACCUAACACACAAGGAGUCCUACCUGGCCAACGACGUGCUCAAUCACGGCCAGCUGGUUAGGAAGCUGGGCUGCGCCAGCUACCAGAAUCGCACACUACAACGCUUCUAUGCCUUCAACACCUCGCUGGCCACCAUUCUAGGCAACGUGGUGCAUGGCGAGCGGACCAAGUACGCAAUUGCCCUGAUUCGGGGCAGCAACCUCUUCGCCGCCGUGCUUAACUCUAGCUGCGAUGGAGGUGCCUUUUGUCCGUGUAGCACCAUCGAUCGGGAGUGUCUAAACUGCAAGCGCAUGGACCAAACGGACUGCGAGUGCCCCUGCGAAUGUCCCAUGGUGGGCGACAGCAGCUCGCCCUCCUCCCUCGCCUACUAUGCCAACUACACGCACCAAUUCCCCUACUGUCCGCCACCGAGUGAGCACUUUAUAGCGCUGCCACCGACCACGCAGCUGCUCAGCGCCCUGCCCAGUUGUCCAGGAUCGGCGGGCACCUGCGAUGCGUAUUCCACGCAAAGGGAAUGCCUUGGAGUGAUGGGCUGCGAGUGGUGCCAGCAGGAUGUAGAGGGCAAUAGCUUCUCUACAGCCUUCUGUGCCUCGCAGGCCAGCUGUUUCAAUGGUGUUCUUGCCUCCCUUACUCCGUAUGGCGAGUUAGACGAGUUGGAGCUGCUGGCUGCCCACAAUCCUCAGCGGGAGCAGCACGCCUACUCUGCCUUCGGACCACUUGGUGGAGCCAUCAUAGUCCUCGCCAUGGUUAUCGGGUUCGCCAUCUAUUGUUACAGACACAACCUCGAUGCCCAGACUCAGGAGCAGUUUUACGUGGAUUCCGUUCAGGAGGAGAACUACGGUCUGCCGCUCUCCAGAUUCAACUUUGACGAUUGCAAGGCGCACGAUGAGCCUCCCCUGGGCGGGGGCUAUGACCAUGCGGCAGCUCAGCGACAGCUGAUGAAUGCAGCGGAUAUAUCUCCAUAUCACGUGUCCAGCGGCAGCAGCUAUCGCCGGCCUCCCAAUGGAGAGUCGGAUCAUGGCUACAGCACCAUGACGCCGCAUGAAGACAGUUCUGACCAGCAGUGCUUCACGCUGGCGGAGCCCCUUCUGCUGCACGACAAGCGGCACAGCAAGUCGGACACCAUGUCCAUAUCCACCUCCAUAUCGAGUCCAACGAACCGACAACAGUCCUCCACGCAACCCAACACCCAUCCGUACUUGAGCAAUCAGCCGACCUCGAAGACGGAGCGGUACAAGCAGCAGGUACAGGCGACGCCCUCGCCCUCCCGCGACCGCGACCGAAGUUGUGUCUACGGUCAGACCACGUUGCCCCUCGAGGCGGACGAGUCCAGGCCCCAUUACAUAUUGGCGCCCGUGACCGUGCAUCGGCACAUGGAGACGGCCGAGUCGUAGUCGUUGUUAAGUUUUAGAGCGUAAGAUGUCCGCUUGUUUGCCAAUUUAGCUGUGUAAGUUACCAACCUGGCAGUUCAACUGCCACCAGAGAGACCAGUUCGCAUUCCACGCAUGCUCGCUCGAUGGACUCCAGUUCCGGCCCCAAUGUAUCUAUUAUCUAUUAACUAUUAUUACUACUAUUAGACCGUAUAUGAGUACGAGUCAAACACCAACUAUUAAGUGAUGACAUUGUUUCUGCCAUUUUUGAUCGAUGUAUUGUAUUGUAUUUUACUGUAAUUUAUUGCAAAAGUAUUACUACUAUUAUGUAUGUGCAGCCACUAUAUAUACUUCCAAUAUUUUUAGCAUUUAUUUGAUAAGCACCAACCAACCAAGCAAUGUACUUACUUGUCUGAGAAUGUAAGAUACCAUGUCGUAUACCGUUUUUUGUAAAAUGUAGCUCCUAAGCUCUAUCAAGUUACUAACUACCGAUUUUAGUACUACACUUCUAUAACAUAAACAUAAUAGCAUUGUACGUUUCAA